UAACAUGCCACCAGAACUUCUGCAUGGUAACAAAGAUCAUUUGAAACAGCUUGGCAUUUGCAAACAAAGAUCUCAAGACACAAGAAUACUUAAUUUUUAAAUCAAGCUCAACGAUGCAUUAGAGGAAGCUGGAUUGGCUGUACAGAGAUUUUGUGCUGAAGGAUGAACAGUGAAGAAGAGUUUUAUGAUGCCGUUACGGGCUUUGAUUCUGACAAUUCUUCAGGGGACUUCUCAGAAGCGAAUCAUAAAGCUGCAGAAAUGCUUGAUCUAGAUACACGCCAAAGCAGUAGGACUGGAAAACAUAAUGGAGAGACAGAGAUUCAAGAAAAUGGCAUUAAGAGACACAGGACAUCAUUACCUGCACCAAUGUUUUCUAGAAGUGAUUUUAGUGUGUGGAGCAUAUUAAAAAAGUGCAUUGGACUGGAGCUGUCUAAAAUUACAAUGCCCAUUGUCUUCAAUGAACCAUUGAGUUUCCUUCAACGGAUAACAGAGUAUAUGGAACAUAUAUACCUCAUUAAUAAGGCUUGUAGUCAAGCAGAUCCCCUGGAAAGAAUGCAGGCUGUAGCUGCUUUUGCAGUUUCUGCUGUAGCUUCUCAGUGGGAGAGAACUGGCAAACCCUUUAACCCACUUCUAGGAGAAACCUAUGAAUUAACAAGGGAGGAUUUAGGUUUUAGGUUUAUAUCUGAGCAAGUCAGCCAUCACCCGCCUAUUAGUGCAUUUUAUUCUGAAGGCCUCAAUAAGGACUUUGUUUUCCAUGGAUCAAUCUACCCCAAACUAAAAUUUUGGGGAAAGAGUAUAGAAGCUGAGCCUCGGGGAACAAUUACUUUGGAGCUGCUAAAGCAUAAUGAAGCUUACACAUGGACAAAUCCAACGUGUUGUGUACAUAAUGUAAUUAUUGGUAAACUGUGGCUAGAACAGUAUGGAACAGUAGAAAUUGUAAAUCACAGUACUGGUGAUAAAUGUGUCCUUAAUUUUAAACCAUGUGGACUGUUUGGGAAAGAGCUCCACAAAGUAGAGGGAUACAUUCAGGACAAGAAUAAAAAGAAGCUGUGUGUGAUUUAUGGCAAGUGGACAGAAUGCUUAUGGUGCACCGAUCCCACCACAUACGAAGCUUACAAAAAGAAUGAAAGGAGAGGUGGUGAGCAGAAGAAACCAAAGCAGAGUGAAGAUGUUAUUAAAUCUGAUAAUGAUGAGGCCGAUGAUAUGCCAGAGGUUCAAGACACAGUGCAGUUCAUACCAGGCAGUAAAUUGCUUUGGAGAAUAAAUUGCAGGCCACCAAACUCGUCACAGAUGUACAAUUUUACCAGUUUUGCUGUGAGUCUCAAUGAGCUAGAAAAGGGUAUGGAAGCAAUACUAGCUCCUACUGACUGUCGACUGCGUCCAGAUAUCAGAAACAUGGAAGAUGGAAACAUGGAUCUGGCUAGUAAGGAAAAGGAGAGGCUAGAAGAGAAGCAAAGAGCUGCUCGCAAGGAGCGUGCAAAAGACGAAGUGGAGUGGCACACGAGAUGGUUUCAUCAAGGUACUAACCCAUAUACUGGGACUCCAGAUUGGCUGUACUCAGGUGGUUAUUUCGAUAGAAAUUUCUCGGACUGUCCAGACAUAUAUUGAAAUCACUGAACCAAUAGCUCAUCUCAUCUGGACAUCUAGUUACUAGAUUUCAUUCUAAGCCAGUUACUCUGGUUUUGUUCAUAGCAAAAACCAGCUUUUCUAGGUAAAUUUUAACAAAUUCUAUCACUCAACAAUCGAGGAUUUAAUUAUCACUAACUUUGGAUUGCCAAAUAUUUAAAUACUGUUGCAUUCUUGCAUAAAGCUGAAAAUCAUCAUGUUUUUCACUAAUUUUUUUAAAGGGACCUUUUGGGUUCUUUUUUUUUCCCUAGUUUCUUGUCAGAAAGGUAUGCUGUAUCUGGUAGAGCUUUUAACAACCUUGAAAACUAUGUAACUUUAAUAAAAUAAAUAGAGAUAAUAUCCUUGUUACUUAGUACAGCAGUGAAGGGAUGUUAGGAAUUUGGAACAGAGAUGAAAGAUUAGUACGGUACAAACAUGAUGAAAUCUAGUAGAGUUGCUAUUCCCCAUGAAGGGAUGUAGGUGAAAUUUCUAAGCAGUAUGUAGCACUACAUGGGGAUUGGAGCUCCUGGCCCUCCUCUCUCUCAGUACAGUUCAGUACUUCAAAGACUUGAGGGAACAAAGCAUAAAAUGUUAGCUUCUCAACCUGUAGUGGUCUGUUACAGAAUCUUUGCAAUCUUUGGACACUGUGAGUAUUAAACUCUGUACCUGUGAUAAAAUUGCAUAAAACAUAGGAGAAGGAUGCAUU